AUGGUAAAUAGGAAUCAAAAUGCCGAUGAUAUCAUACGACAAGUUCGACAUGAUGAUGUGGCAGCGGAUAAUAAUCUAGCAUCUAUAGUCGAGAGAACUAUGGUUCGAAAUGGGGUAAAUUUUGAUCUUAGAAGACAAAAUUAUACAUCACCUUUGGCAGAAUAUGUCUUACAGACAGAUGCGCCCCUGGGGACCAAAAUCCCCAAAUUCACCAAGUUUGCCGGGGAUACUACCGAGUUUACCGUCGGACACGUGGCGAGAUAUCUAAUUGAAGCUGGAGAUAUGUUGAAUAACGAGAAUCUUCGGAUGAAUUUUUUUCCAAGUUCUCUUACCAAGAAUGCUUUUACAUGGUUCACAACUUUGCCCCAGAAUUUGAUCCAUUCUUGGAACCAGGUAGAAAGAAUGUUCCAUGAACAGUUCUACAUGGGGCAAACGAAGAUAACUUUGAAAGAGUUGGCUAGUGUCAGACGAAAAUUCACUGAGCCAAUUUACGACUACCUGAAUAGAUUUCGACUACUCAAAGCUAGGUGUUUUACGCAAGUGCCAGAACACGAGUUGGUCGAAAUGGACGUCAGGGGCCUUGAUUACUCAUUUAGAAAGAAAUUGGAUACUCAAUACCUAAGGGAUAUGGCCCAGUUGGCUGACAGAGUUCUACAGGUAGAACAUUUAAAAGAAGAAAAGGCUAUAACAAACAAAGGUAAAAGGGUAGCCUAUGUCUAUUUUAGGAAAGAUCACGAAUAUUCAGGCCUUGAAGUUCCAGACUUCGACGAUACUGAGAUCGAUCUUGCUGAAUUGACAUAG